ACAUUUAGAUCUUACGCACACUCGCUCGGUGGUGCUUCGCUUGACGCCUUGCGCGCCACAGGUGUCUGGUAGUGAACUCCGCGCCCUCCGCCCCCAGGAAUCAUGGUGUCCUCGGUGCACGUGGAGCCGGUGUCCCGCACCGACCAGUACAAGCGGGUCAUGAAGCCCAUGCUGGAGCGCAAGCGACGGGCGCGCAUCAACCGCUGCCUCGACGAGCUGCGUGACCUGCUGGUGGCGGCGCUGCAGGCCGAGGGAGAGACGGUGACGCGGCUGGAGAAGGCUGACAUCCUGGAACUGACGGUGCGGCACGUGCGGCGCCUCAACCAGCGCCGCGCCCUAACGCUGCCGCCCGCCGGCCACGACCCCCGCCACGACGCCAUCAAGUUCCAGCAGGGCUUCGUGGCGGCGGCGCAGCAGGUGCAGUCCUUCCUUAUCUCCUCGCCCGCGCUGGAGCCCUCGGUGUCCUCCCGCCUCAUCACACACCUCUCCUCCUGCGCCUCUGCCAUGACCGGCGUCAGCUCCCCCGCCCCCUCACAGACCAGCGCGCCCACGUCCCCGGCAGCGAGUCCUUCGGCGCCGCCCAUGGGAGUGCCCGGUCCCCGCCCCAUUACCGCCCCGGCUCCCUCUCGCCACGUGAUGGUCCCCUCCUCCUCGCCGCCCAUGUCGCCACCGCCCCUUAUGGACCUGAGCAUGAAGCCCGCCCCCCCCAAGCUGGUGGUCCCGACGCCCAUCAGGGAGGUCAACAUGCCGCAGGACCUGUCCAUGCGGCGACCGCCCUCCAGGGAGCAGGGCGAGCAGCCGCCGGAGGGAAGGUCGUCGUGGCGGCCCUGGUGACCCUCGGGCGACCCUUCCCGUUGUCCUGGUGUGAAGUGACGGCUCAAGGCUGUGCAGGCCCGCGUCAGCCCCGCGGCAGGAGCCACCGGCGGCAGUCUCCUCGCCGCUGCCGCUGCGGGAGAUGACCUCUCGGUGUGUGGAUUCAAUGUGCCAAACGCCCGCCGUGCCGCCGCACCUGAGUGCCACACCGCCAGGCGCGAGGCACGGACGGUGGCACCCCAGCCCCCCUGAACCCCGCGUCUCCAGUGUACAUUGUGAUAGUGGAUGUGAUAGAGCAUAGAUAUUUUUGUACAUAUAUCGGUUUUUUAUGCACCUACUUGACUCUGUGAUAAAGCCGCCCUAGAGGUAGACGCCCCUCGGUCCUGUGCAUGACGGAAGGAAGUCCUCCGCCGCCUGUCUUUCACCUGUACAAAGACGAGUAGCAGGUGUAGCGCCGCCACGGCCCGGGCGCUCACACUUGUAGUCGGCCGUAGACGUGUCAACGAUUAUUAUUAUCAUUAUUAUUAUUGUUAUUAUUAUUAUUAUUAUUAUUAUUAUUAUUAUUAUUAUUAUAUGAAUUCUUGUAGGUUUACAAGACCUGUUUUUUUUUCUCGGACUCUGCGAAGAGGUAAUCCGAAUUGCCCGCUCGUGUCACAAUCUCUCACUUCCAUGACGACGCUGCUGAUGCUUCGUCGUCGUCGUCGUUGUUACCUGCAUCACUACUUACUUGGUUUAGGCUCGCUGGCGUGGCGGCGCCCCGCCCGCCGCGACUCCGCUGACUCUGUGAUGGAAAUAAAAGACUUACAUUGAUGGGA